UUUAAUUUCAAAAUUUGCUGUUUUCUUAUAUAUAUAAAAAGGACACUGAAAAGGUGAAAGAAAAACUGGUCUUCAGGACAGGACAGCUCAGGUCCUCUUGCUGCUGCAAACUUGUCCAAAGAAAAACUUCAGAAAUUUGGGAAAAGUUUCAAUCUUUCCCCCCUUUCGUCCUCCCAACAUUCGUUGAUUUUUCCACAAGGAUAAACGCGAUUAACAGAUAAGCCACCUUUAUCUUUCAGCUCCAGCACUCUCAAGAAGCAAAUGAAAGGGGCAAGUGUCAAGAAGAAAACCUAUGUGGUGAAUGACGCUGGUGAGGCUGAAACAGUCGGAGGAAGCGGGAAAAAAAGUGGAGGAGACGGCAGUGAAGAUGGAGCGUCGAUUCUUGGCGAGAUGGGUGAUGACAUGCAUACGGAGGAUGGGGAAGAAGAAGAUGAAGAAGGAGGAGAAGAAGGAGAAGGGAAAGAGAAGAGGUCAAAGCUAGAUGAAGGCUACUUCGAAAUCGAAGCUAUUCGCCGUAAGAGAGUUAGAAAAGGGAAGGUGCAGUAUCUAAUUAAAUGGCGGGGAUGGCCUGAAACUGCCAACACAUGGGAGCCUCUAGAGAAUUUACACUCUAUUGCUGAUGUUAUUGAUUCAUUUGAAGGAAGUUUGAGGCCAGGGAAGCCUGGUAGGAAGAAGAAGCGCAAAUACGCAGGUCCUUAUUCUCAGCUGAAGAAGAAGCAGCAACGUUUUGGUUAUGAUGCUGCUGAGAAGUCUGACUCUUCUACAUCUCUUAACAACUCUAGCCUCCCUGGUAUUCGCGGUCCACUCGACCUCAGUGGCUAUGUAGCCACCACCAACCAAGGUGAAGCUAACAGUGGGAGUGUUGGUAUGGUCAGACGAGUUAGUUUGAAGGAAUAUGAUCCGACGCUUAAUGAGUUAAGGGGACCAGGCAUUGGUUGUGAAGGUGAUAGUGUAAGAGCAAAUGGGUUUCUCAAGGAGUUUGAUAAGAACAGUGGUUUCAUAGGUGCUAAGCGGAGAAAGUCUGGUUCUGUGAAAAGAUUCAAACAAGACGGAACCACAAGUAACAACAACAACAACAACAACCACACUACAUAUCAGAAUCUGACACCAGAUUUAGACUCUUUUGGUAGAAUGGUAGAACCACACCUCAAUAACAAUCCGUCUCAGAAAAGCAAAGCGGAGGAAUUUGACAUUGUGAGGAUCAUCAAGCCAGUGAGAUUCUCUUCAUCUAUAACAAACAAUGUACAAGACGCGUUGGUGACCUUUUCGGCGUUGAGGUCUGAUGGGAAGGAAGUAACGGUAGACAACAGGUUUCUCAAGGCUCACAAUCCUCUUCUGCUGAUUGAAUUCUACGAGCAACAUCUCAAGUACAAUCCCGAAAGAUAAGAAUUUGUUUGUACACAGCACUUUGUAGGUAGCAAAAAAGAUUAGAAGAUCAACGUGUAGAGUCGAGGUAGUGGCAAGUUGUUUUUUUAUCUUCUCUGGUUCGUUAUUGUCACUUAGACUUGGUGCUUUUCUUGAGCUGAGAUUUUGUUAAACUUGCAUGUUCAAAGAUCAAAAAAUAUAUAUAUCUAACGCAUGAAUACAAA